CCUGAUCAGCAAAUAUGAGUGGCAUAAGGACGGCCUCUGGUAUAUCACAACUGCUCUCAGACAGCAGAAGCAGUUUAUGGCGACCGCGUCGGCCGACGGAACGGCGUGUGUCUGUGAUGUGACUAAAAUGGAUGCAAAUAUAUCACCCUUUCUGUCAUAUGUCGGUCAUUCGGGAUGUUCUGUGAAUUGUAUUAAAUUUCAUCCCAAUUAUGAUCUUAUAAUGACUGCCGGCGGCGAUGGGUCUACACAUAUAUGGAGACCUAAUUUGGAACAUUAUUUGCAACGAAAUUCCGAAACCGACGACUCGUCCCAAGAGAUGCCCGAAGAGAGUCCGACGCAAGUAAUCAAAAACAAUUUGUGUGAACUGACGGGCCAUCAAAGUGUGGUCAUAUCGUGCGACUGGAUCUCCGGUGUUGACCAAUGCGUGACCGCGUCG